CACAAGACACUGAUCCUGCCAUGAACUCCACUCGAGCAGACCCCCCCACCCUUGAAGUCUAUAGGGCUCAGCAGUCCUGCCACUUGGAGCAGGAUCAGCGUCUUACACCACAUUUCAAUUAACCUUCAUACAAGGGAGGGUGGGGGUGAUUUGCUUGUGUCACCCUCUGGGUUUGUCAGAUAUCAGGCGCUGCUGUAAAAUGCACCUGUUUCCCCAGGCUUGUGGUAUCUAGGUUGAUAUACGGUGCCCAUCGCCACGGGCUCUGAGUGCAUUUCAGAGGACCUGAAAGGGGGAUUCCGUGUUGGGGAGGGUGGAUGAGGAGGGCGUAUUGUUAUUUCUAUUCCCCUAGCACCCAAAGGCCAGUCUGGGAGCUCCGCAGGGGCAGGUUUGCUCAGGCCUGGGGGGGCGGGGGGCUGGACGGCCGAGCCUGCGCCCCUCCUGCCCAGCGGAGAGAAGGACGCCAGAGGGGAAACCGAGCAAGCAGCUUUUCCAACUCCGGCCCGCCUGCUGCCAACCGGCUCAGCCCUUCCCAGCCGCGACUUUCCCCCGGUCCCUUAACGGUCUUCCAGCCUGGCUCAGCACUUUGCUCACACUCCCUUGCGCUGCGAUGUGCGUCCCCCCUGGCCGCUGUGUGCGCGGUGCAAGGGGCUGGCGGCCCCACUUCCACUCCGGCCGAGGCGAAGGAAACCUCUAUGCUAGAGCCAUAUCACAUCCAAUCCAGCAACAACAAACACCUCAAAGCCCGGAGCUGCUCUUUCUGCUGCCUGACUUUGCCUCAAAUUGACAGAGGAGGCUUUUUAAAACCAGCUCCCCUGCCCCCCAUCCCAGCCACUUACCAAGUGAUUUGCUGUGAUGGAUUUCAGAUGGACAUGUGUAAGGCAUAUUCAGCAGAACCUGGUCUAGCCUAAGAAUUUGCCUAGAAAGUCCAGAAGCACAAGAUGACAGACGAGCCCAUUAAAGAGAUUCUGGGAGCUCCAAAGCAUCCUGAACCUGUAACGAUGGAGAAGAGCAAUAACAACGACUGCGUGGUAACCACUGUCCCUUUGGUCAGUGAGUGCCAGCUGACUGCAGCAACCGGAGGAGCGGAGCUGUCCUGUUACCGUUGCACUAUCCCCUUUGGCGUGGUCAUUCUUAUAGCUGGAGUGGUGGUCACCGCUGUGGCGUACAGCUUCAAUUCCCACGGCUCAAUCAUCUCAGUGUUUGGACUGGUCCUCUUGUCAUCUGGACUCCUCUUGCUGGCUUCUAGCGCCUUGUGCUGGAAAAUCAGGCAACAGCACAAGAAAGCCAAAAGGCGGGAGAGUCAGACAGCGCUUGUGGCGAAUCAGAGAAGCUUGUUUGGUUAGAGACUACCAGGAAAACCGCGAACAGAAGAGAGCUCCCUUGUAAGUCAAUUUGACUAUUUUUUGAUAAGUCAGACCGCAGGAAGUCUUUGACUGGAUUGGAAUGAAAAUGGGUUGGAUUGAGAGACUCUAGGAGCAUCUUUGGAAUUGUUAGUAUCUGUCUUUUCACAGACUUACAGACAGUGAUAUUUCUUCCAAGACAGAGGGGGAAAAAAGGUGGAUUUUUUUUUUCUUCACAGAAAAAAAAUGUGUCAUGACUUUCGACUGCAGUUAACACUCAGAUACUAUUGGAAAGGGAGCCCGGUGAACAACCAAGAAAAUAACUUAACCUGAUCUGAUGUGCCAGAAACCUGCUUAAAAAUAAUACGCACUGUGAGGUCUGACCAAGGGAGGAGUUGUAGCAUUUGAACAGAUGACAAAAAAAACAAACCCAAAAACCUUGUGGCUAGAUU